AUGACAUCGAUUAUCAAGCUGACCACGCUUUCAGGGGUGCAGGAGGAGUCUGCCCUGUGCUACCUAUUGCAAGUAGAUGAAUUCCGUUUUCUUUUGGACUGUGGCUGGGAUGAAAACUUUUCUAUGGACAUUAUUGACUCCCUAAGGAAACAUGUACACCAGGUUGACGCUGUUCUCCUUUCUCAUCCUGACCCUCUACACCUUGGUGCUCUCCCAUAUGCAGUUGGAAAAAUGGGGUUGAAUUGUGCCAUUUAUGCAACUAUUCCUGUAUAUAAAAUGGGACAGAUGUUUAUGUAUGACCUCUAUCAGUCCCGCCAUAAUACUGAAGAUUUUACACUCUUUACGUUGGAUGAUGUAGAUGCAGCCUUUGAUAAGAUACAACAGCUGAAGUUUUCUCAGAUUGUGAACUUGAAAGGCAAAGGACAUGGUCUGUCAAUCACACCAUUGCCAGCUGGUCACAUGAUAGGAGGCACAAUUUGGAAGAUUGUCAAAGAUGGAGAGGAAGAAAUUGUUUAUGCAGUUGAUUUCAACCACAAGAGGGAGAUCCAUCUGAAUGGAUGUUCUUUGGAAAUGUUGAGCAGGCCUUCAUUGCUUAUUACAGAUUCAUUUAAUGCUACUUAUGUACAACCCAGGAGGAAGCAACGGGAUGAGCAGCUACUGACUAAUGUUUUGGAGACGUUACGAGGUGAUGGAAAUGUAUUAAUAGCUGUGGAUACAGCAGGCAGAGUUCUGGAACUCGCUCAACUUCUUGAUCAGAUCUGGAGAACAAAAGAUGCAGGAUUAGGAGUCUACUCUCUAGCACUUCUGAAUAAUGUCAGCUACAAUGUAGUAGAGUUCUCUAAAUCACAGGUUGAAUGGAUGAGCGAUAAGUUGAUGAGGUGCUUUGAAGACAAGAGAAACAAUCCUUUUCAAUUCCGCCAUCUCUCCCUAUGCCAUAGUCUUUCUGAUCUGGCUCGAGUGCCUAGUCCAAAAGUUGUUCUUGCCAGUCAACCUGAUUUAGAGUGUGGAUUUUCAAGAGACCUUUUCAUUCAGUGGUGCCAGGAUUCCAAAAACUCUAUAAUUUUAACUUACCGCACUACACCUGGAACAUUAGCACGAUUCCUGAUAGAUAAUCCUUCUGAGAAAGUUAUAGAUAUUGAGUUGAGAAGACGUGUCAAGUUGGAAGGAAAAGAACUUGAAGAAUACCUUGAAAAGGAGAAACUGAAGAAAGAAGCAGCUAAAAAGUUAGAACAGUCUAAAGAGGCAGAUAUCGAUUCCAGUGAUGAGAGUGAUGCCGAAGAGGAUAUCGAUCAGCCAACUGUACAUAAGACCAAACAUGAUUUGAUGAUGAAGGGUGAAGGUAGCCGGAAAGGAAGCUUCUUCAAACAAGCCAAGAAAUCUUAUCCAAUGUUUCCAGCCCCCGAAGAAAGAAUCAAAUGGGAUGAAUAUGGCGAGAUUAUCAAACCUGAAGAUUUUCUAGUUCCAGAACUUCAGGCAACAGAAGAAGAAAAAAGCAAAUUAGAAUCUGGUUUGACAAAUGGAGAGGAGCCUAUGGACCAGGAUUUAUCAGAUGUUCCCACCAAAUGUAUUUCAGCAACAGAAUCCAUGGAAAUUAAAGCUAGGGUUACAUACAUUGACUAUGAAGGACGCUCAGAUGGAGACUCAAUUAAAAAAAUUAUUAACCAAAUGAAACCAAGACAACUGAUCAUUGUCCAUGGACCACCUGAAGCCAGCCAGGACCUUGCAGAAUGUUGCAGAGCUUUUGGUGGAAAAGACAUUAAAGUUUACAUGCCAAAACUACAUGAAACUGUAGAUGCUACCAGUGAAACUCAUAUUUAUCAGGUCAGGUUAAAAGAUUCUCUCGUCAGCUCCCUUCAGUUCUGUAAAGCCAAGGAUGCUGAGUUGGCUUGGAUAGAUGGUGUCCUGGACAUGCGAGUUUCAAAAGUGGAUACUGGAGUUAUUUUGGAAGAGGGAGAGCUGAGGGAAGAUGAAGACUUAGAGAUGCAAGUGGAUAUGCCUUCUUCGGACUCUAGUGUCAUUGCACAACAAAAGGCCAUGAAAAGCCUCUUUGGUGAUGACGACAAGGAGAUGUGUGAGGAGAGUGAGAUCAUUCCUACUUUAGAACCCCUGCCACCUCAUGAGGUUCUUGGACACCAGUCUGUGUUUAUGAAUGAGCCAAGACUAUCUGACUUCAAGCAAGUUCUCUUGCGAGAAGGUAUACAAGCUGAAUUUGUAGGAGGAGUGCUUGUCUGCAACAAUCUGGUAGCUGUUCGCAGGACUGAAACAGGGCGCAUCGGAUUGGAAGGCUGUCUCUGUCAAGACUUCUAUAGAAUAAGAGACCUUUUAUACAAGCAAUAUGCUAUUGUCUAAAGGAGGUUCUGCAAAGGUGUUUUUACUUGAACUUGUAAAGAUGACGAGGAGUUCUCUCAGUUUUGACUUUUUGUAGUUUUCUAAUUUAUACAAGGGAGAAGUAAUUCAUAAAGAGCAGUUAACUACCCUGAACAUGUAAAUAACUGCUACUGUCACUCUUUAUAAACUUGUUGGUACAUUCCAUGUUCUUGACUUUCAAACUGUUAUGACUUGCCAUCUCCCACACAACACAUUAUAAAUGAGUUUAUGGCUACGAACUAUUUCUCAGGAAAGGUUCACAUUGACAGGACAUGUUAUGGUUUGAUAGAUUCUCUGCCAAAGAGUACAAAGUCUAUCUAUUCUAAAGACUAUUCUAGUCUUCUAUUCUAAAAUACGAUUAAAUAUGGAACUGGUUUUUGUCCUUUUUGGAAGUGGCUUGAGCCCGUUUGUUUGAAUUGGAGUUUAGUUAUGUUUUUAAUAGCCCACUUAAAGUUGACUACCUAAACGUUCCCCCAGUGUUCAUCUGGCCAUGUUUUAAUGUUGUUGCUGUCCACUCUUACUUGUUUGUUCCAGUACAGCAUUUCAUAUUCUAUAUGAAGUAUUAAUCUGCAGGAUCAAAAAAUUGCUUUGAACAGGUACAUUAAGACGACUGGAGAAAAUGGCGAGGCAGCUUAAAAUCUAGUGAUUGUGUGCUUCAGAGUAACUUCUGUACAAACUUAUUGAAUUUGUAAUUUCUUGUUUUGCAGAGUUAUGCCAACUAUAAAGUCUUUUGAAUUCUAAUUUUAAUACUUUCAAAGACUAAAGCCUUUAUCUAUGCACAGCUGUUUGUUCAAAGUGCCAUGAACCAAGUUCAAGAAGAUCCUUUAUCUGGAGAUCUGAGUCCAUGUGAUGUAUUUAAUGCUUUCGUGCCAUGUUCCAUACUAUUGCACGUUUUGACAAUGGGAUUUAUUGUAGUUGUUGAUGCUGGAAAUUGUACUUACUUUUUAGGUGAAGAUGAGUACAGAUUUCUGUGGCUUAACUUCUCAGAAAUUAAUUUAUGCAUACAAAUGGCCUCUUGAGAGUUUCUUUAAUUCCAUUUUCUCCCAUCUGUGAACCACCAGUUUUGACAGUGGAGGGUUGCCUAUUUGUUUUUACAUAAAACAGCAAAGUCAUAUGCGCUCUCUGUGUAUAUGUUUAAAUAAAAUUUUUUGACAAAGUGGCAAAAAAAUAGCCCCGUGGGCUAUUAAUGGUAACAUAAUUUACCUUGCAAUUCAUUUUUGACUAAUAGUUUAUCUGAUCUACAGAUGAUUUAUACUGUUUAAAAUAGUAACUUGAAAUUGAAGUCCAUGCUUAACAAAACAAACCAAAAAAAAAUCAACCAAGCUGCUAGAACUAGAUACUAAAAAUGUAAAACACUUGAAAAUGUAAUGCUAAGUGAGAAAGUUUUUUGUGACACGCAAAAAUCUUGGCUAGUAAUGACUAAACAGCUCAACACUUCUUUGGCAACAAUAUAUAGAAAAAGGUUUAUUUUCUAUUACAUUGACAACUAGAAGUUCUUAGAAAUGCUCUGUUUUUGUAGCUGUUUUGGAGCAGUGCUGUGUAAAUGAUACUGGGUGCUUGCUGGUGAAUACUAUUGUAUUACUGUUGGUGAUACUAAUGAACUUUUAUAAAGUGCAUUCCUUUUUACAUAAUCAUAUUGGCCUUAGAGCUUUUAACUUGGAGGCUUGGGGUGGGCAGAGAUCACAUAAGGCGCUAUGGAAUAUCGAAAUAAAAUUUUAAAACCUUUAGGAAAUCAAAUUAAAGAAAUGCUAUUCUUAAGAAAGAGGCAAAGACAAGACAGCAUGAUCACCAAACUUUCUAUCAUUUUUUUUGUAACUUAUUGUUUCAAAUUGAGUUAAGUUUAACAAAUGUUAGUGUUAUCAAUUACUAAAUCCCCGUGUGUCCUGUUAAAGGACAAUGUAGCAUCAUCACUAAAGAGUCUGUUCUGCUUCAAAUGAGACCUAGGAAGCUGAUGUGCAGGGUAACAGUAGUUCUCUGAGCUCUGGGACAGGGGAAGGUUGGAUUUGUGGGCUGGUGAAAGGGAGGAAGAAGAGUACAGGACAUCUGUAGUAACAUCACAGGCUGCAGCUGCACUGUGUGACAGUAAUUGUUAUAGAUGGUUCUAUCCCAAAACACAUUGUGCAGAAUCAAGAUUGCUUUAAUAAGGUAUGAUAUGUAUUAGUAUUUCAGUUGGGAAAGGAGAGUGUUUUGCUUGGGGAAAACACUUCAACCACUAAAACUUUCAGAGACUUCAGCAAAAUAAAUUUUACUGUAAUGAUCUGAAAAACGGCACAAUAUUCUGUUUCAUGGCUGUUAAAUGUUUUUGUAGUUUUAAAAAGGUGAUGGUGAUGAAGAUGAUAGACAGUCAAAUCUGCUACCCAGUAAACAGAAUUUUAGGUCUUGAUCUGAAAACUGUGUAAGUAUUUCAAAAUGUGUUGAAACUUAUUUUUUAAAACACUUUAUUUUUAAAAAUACUUCAAAUAGUUUUAGAAUUUAUCCUCUGAGACUUUCUGACUGUUAUGACUCAAGGAGCAAAACGUGUCAGUAAUAUUCACUUUAAAUGCAACUUGCUGUCACGUGCUUUUUUGGUUGUAAACACGGAACAGGAUAGUUAGCUAAGUCAAUGUGGGCAGUAUUAGUGUUAAAGAAGAGUACUUUUGAGCUCUGAAAUACUUGCUUAAUGUAGAAUAUAGAAGCAAUGUUUUAAAUAUCUGUUAAUUGACAAGUAUUUUUUCUUACCUGUAGAUAGAGUGUGAAAGUUUGGUAAGUAUGGGAGGCAUGGAAGAACUAUAUAGUUUCAUGCUGUGCACUAUAAAUUAUAUUCUCCUUGAUAGGUUAUGUAUUAGCACUUUGAUACAAAGUAAAAUAAAUUACAUCAUUUCUGAAUAGAACUUCCAAUAAGCCAUGGAUCUGUUUUCCUUGAAAAGAAGGAUCCGUAGAAGCUCAAAACGUUAUGGAGAAGCUAGUUCAGUAUUUGAGCUGUAAGCAGUAAUAACCUGCCUGUUGUUGCGUAAUCCUCUUAGGUGAUGCAAGCUGGAUCUGUGGUUCAGCAGCUGAAUGAUAAUGAGCUAAGCAUCUGCCAAAAAGUAGUCUGUCACUGCAGGCUGGUAUUCACAAACUUUAAUAAUGAGCACAUAGUUGAUUUCAAUAGUAUUUUUGUUUUCUCAGAUAAUUACUCAUUUUCAGUGCAGGUUUUCUGAAGUGCUGCAUACCUCUCCAAAAGGUAUUUCUGAGGGAGUUCUAAACGAAUUUGGAAAGAUGGUAGUUUCAGUUAAAAAACAAAACAACAACAUCAACAAA